ACAGUGAAGGAAGGAAAGUCAUAGCGAAGUUCCCAUCAAUACUUCUGUCAGUGAACACUGGUGAUUGAGUGUCACUUGUGAAAUAAGUGUGUAGUUUUAGUUUUAGCGUUCUUAUAAGAGAUUUUAGUUUCCCGGCAUGCGUGGCAUUGACGAAUGUAAAAGCAGCACAAUUUACAGGCGACUGGAGGCAGCAGAAAACGCUAAGAAGCUGAAGGGUGAGGAGAAUGGUGAGGAAGAAGUAGAGGAGGAGGAGGAUUUCGAUGGUGAGGAGGAGGAGGACCUUGGCGAGAACGAAGAGGAGUUAGACGAGGAAGCUGAAGAAGAGGAGGAAGGUGAGGGUGAAGAAGGGGAAGGCGAGGAAGACGAAGAGGAAGAGGAGGAUGCGUAAAACGACAGCUGCUGACGAAUACCGGCGAAGCAUCUCCAACAAGCCGGGGACCACACCAACCAUCAUCACCACAACACUAUUGCUUUUAUCAACUAAGUAGGACGCGAGGCCAGGGGAGCUGUGGCCGAUGGGCAAUGCUAGUUUUUAUUAUUGUAUUAUAUAUCACGUACCUGUACAGUCAGUGCGAGAGGCGCGAAUGGGCGAGUGAUUGGAAAGAGCCCCUUGCCCACGCCUCCCCCGGCCCUCCCCCUUCGUGGAGCUCAUCCAGCGUCCUUACACAGCAGCGACGCCUGCACCAGCCGCCCACCAAACCGCCGCCUUUGUAUGCUUACACAGGAGGUGGGGUCGUGGGUUCCCCGGCCGCGACCAAGGCAGCAGUAAAGCAGGAGUUUUUGUGACGUUUAACAGACGUCGUCGUUAAUAUACAAGACCACCAAAGUGUGUAGUGUAAUUUUUCCAUUCAUACCAAAAGCAGACAGGGCUCCCUAUUUUAUUUUUCUACAACAUUUUCUCCUUUUUCCGGACGUGUUUUUGAGCAGUACAACAAUUUCAUGCUUCAGUUUUUCAUAGAAGUGUUAAGUGUCAGUUUGUGUGAAAGGAAAAAAUAAAGGUUUAAGUUGUCUUUAUGUGUGCUGUCUCAUUUUUUUUCUCAUCCGCUAAUCAGCACUUUCAAACGCCGACUAUGUAGUCGUUGGUUAGUGCGACCAGAGUAGCAACUACCCUCGUUCGUGACUGUCACACAAGUUUAUAAUAAAACUUGAAAAAAAGGUUUAAUGGACAAGAGUUUCUUUAUAACCACCACGUAAAUAUUACAAAGUACCUGGAAUUAGUUAUGGUUUAUUUAAAAUAAAUAACAAAUAUGA